AUGUCGAAUACUCAGGUCGGAAAUGUUUACCAGCAGAUUAUCGCAGAUGUAGUCGAUAGCUCCCGAGUUGACUUCGAGGAGGGAGGAGUUGACGAAGUAGUGUUGGAGGAAUUGAGAAAGGGAUGGCAAACCAAGUUGUCACAACUUCAAGUUGCCUUGUUUCCUUGGGAUCCAAAACCUGAUCAACCUAUGCAAAAUCCCCCAAUGGUACCUUCAAACUACCAGCAUACAGGCAUUCCUCCCGGCCAACCAAUAUAUCAAACUCCAAUGCCUAAUGGACCUCGUAUCAAAACCGAACCUGGUAUGGAGAACUCAGGCUUCAUGCCAAUCCCUAUGUCACAGCCACCCCCUCAAAAUCCUCUUAUGACUAUGCCCAAUGCAACACCUGCUCAGCAACGUGCCGCUCAAAAUCUUCAUGCAUCUUAUGGGCAGAGAGCUGCUGCUUCAAUUCAGUCCAUUCAAGGAGGUGGUGGUGCACCACAACCACAGCAGCAAGCUAUGACCCAACUGACCCCGCAACAACAACAAGCUCUGCAUGCGCAACAGCAACAGCAACAGCAACAACAACAACAACAUUUACAAAUGCAGUCAAUGCAGCAGCAACAGCAGAGACCAGCUAGCGGCUUACCUCCUCAAUCUCAGCCACAACAGCCACAAGGACAACCUCAGAGUCAGCAAAGCCAAGCAGCUGCAGCUGCUUAUAGACAAAGCAUUGCAGCUCAACAGGCUCAACAGUUACAGCAACAGCAGCAGAGACUUCAGAAUGCUCAAAAUGCUCAGAACCCUCAAAAUGCUCAGAACCCUCAAAAUCCCCAGAAUAAUCAGAAUGGUCCGAAUGGUCAAAAUGGUCAAGCUCCGCAAGCCCCUCAGAACCCCCAGAACCCCCAGAAUCCUCAGAAUCUGCAGGGUGGAGUUGCAAGUGCACAAACCGAUGGGGUUGGUGACGAUUUUGAAGAAACUAUUGGGGUUGUCAAGCAAUUUGAUUCCCAUGGAAAUGAGAUUGCCAUGGGCCGGGUUGAAAUUGAUAAUCUGAUCCGCAGCAAGAUUGAAUCCAUGGGUAAGGCUAUGGAAGGUGGUGGUCUAAUGCUUCCACUCAAGGAAGCCAAUAAAAUCCCCUCAGCCAAGCGCCAGCGAAAGACCUUACCAGGCUCAUUGUCACAAACAGAUGGUCCCGGCUCUGAUGAUGACGACGAUAAAGCCAAGGAUGAAUUAGAUGAGGAUGCAAUUAAUUCUGAUUUGGAUGAUCCUGAUGACGCUUUGAAUGAUGAUGAGGACGAAGAUGAGGGUAUGGGUCAUAUUAUGCUUUGCAUGUAUGACAAAGUUCAACGAGUCAAGAACAAGUGGAAGUGUGUCAUGAAAGAUGGUGUUCUUACCGUCAAUGGAAAGGAAUACGUUUUCCAUAAAGCCACCGGGGAAUACGAAUGGUAA